UCUCUUCUCUCUCGCACAGAGGAUGCGGCGUUUUGCCCAUCCCCAUCACUGACAUGUCCCUGUGAGCGCGUGUGUGCUCGGGGGAGUGUGUCUGUCCGUGCGUGUCCGUUUGUCUGUGCGUGUCCGUGGGUCUGUCCGUGAGCUGCUGCCCAUCCCCGCCAGGCUGACAGCUCCGCAGGGCGCGCCCGGGUCCGAGCCGGGCUCCAGGUGCCACUUGGGGUGGCGCGGUGUCUGUGCAGGCUGCGGGUUGGAUUUCCAGCAAGCUUCGCACCCCGGAGAAAAGAGGAGCUGAUGUGAGAGAGGAGAAAUGGAUACGUCCAUGGUGGGAAGGUGCCGUGUGCCCCAGCUCCUGGUUCUUCUCACGUUGGUGCUCAGUGGGGAGAGAACCGCGGCACAGAGAGCAGGUUGCAAGAGCGUUCACUACGACCUUGUCUUCCUCUUGGACGCCUCCUCCAGUGUUGGAAAAGAAGAUUUUGAGAAAGUUCGUCAGUGGGUGUCCAAUUUGGUGGAAACCUUUGAGAUUGGCCCAGACAAGACCCGAGUGGGGGUGGUGCGGUACAGCGACCAGCCGAGCACUGAGUUCGACCUGGGCAAGCACAGAACCCGUGAGGAGAUCAAGGAGGCUGCACGACAGAUCCAGUACUAUGGGGGCAACACCAACACUGGAGAUGCUCUCAGGUACAUCACCACCUACAGUUUUUCCAAAGAAGCCGGUGGGAGACUUAGUGAUCGAACUGUUAAAAAAGUGGCCAUCCUUUUGACUGAUGGAAGGAGCCAGGAUUUUGUCUUGGAUCCAGCCACUGCAGCCCAUCAGGCUGGGAUUAGGAUUUUUGCUGUGGGAGUUGGAGAAGCCUUAAAAGAGGAACUUGAUGAGAUUGCCUCAGAGCCCAAGUCCGCUCAUGUGUUUCAUGUCUCUGAUUACAAUGCCAUCGACAAAAUUCGGGGGAAGCUGAGGAGGCGUCUCUGUGAGAAUGUCCUGUGUCCAAAUGUCCACGUGGAAGGAGACCGGUUCAAACACACCAAUGGGGGCACCGAUGAGAUCCCAGGAUUUGACCUGAUGGAUUCGUUCAGCGUGAAGCAGAUUUUUGGAAUGAAAGAAGAUGGGGUUCAGAGUGCUUAUGUACGGCUUGGAAGCUUUCCUGUUGUUCAGAAAACUGAGGAUGUAUUUCCACAAGGCCUGCCUGAUGAAUAUGCUUUUGUAACAACCUUCAAAUUCCGGAAGGCUUCCAGGAAGGAAGACUGGUAUAUCUGGCAGAUUAUUGACAAGUAUGGCAUACCACAGGUGUCCAUCAGGCUGGAUGGGGAGAACAAGGCUUUGGAGUACAACGCCGUGGGGCUCACCAGGGACGCCGUCAGGGUGGUGUUCCGCAACGCGCGCGUCAGCGACCUGUUCGACCGCGGCUGGCACAAAAUCGCCCUCAGCAUCCAGGCCAAGGCUGUCUCCCUGUACAUAGACUGCAAGCUGGUGCAGGUGCUGCCCAUUGAGGACAGGGAGAACAUUGACAUUCAAGGGAAGACUGUGAUUGGCAAACGCUUGUAUGACAGUGUCCCCAUUGAUUUUGAUCUUCAGAGGAUGGUGAUUUACUGUGACUCCAGGCACGCCGAGCUGGAGACCUGCUGCGACAUUCCCUCUGGACCAUGCCAGGUCACGGUCCUGACGGAAGCACCUCCCCUGGAAGUGAGGCCCACUGUUGGCAGUGAGCAAGUUGGACAUCUCAAGAUUUUCAACUGCUCCUGUCCUCCUGGACAAAAGGGGGAGAGGGGUCCACUUGGCUUUGAAGGUCCCAAGGGUCAAAAGGGAGAAAGAGGCAUCCCAGGGCUUCCUGGACUCCGAGGAGAAAAAGGAGAGUCAGGCAAAGCCUAUGGCAUAGGAGAGAAAGGAGAAAAGGGUGAAGAAGGCUUUCCUGGCUUUCCUGGACUGAAAGGGGACAAAGGAGAAAAAGGUUCCCUGGGCUCACCUGGCCCCCCUGGGAGGGAUGGAGCAAAAGGAGAUGCUGGUGAACGAGGACAUCCAGGAGCCUUUGGACUGCCUGGGCCACCAGGUCCAAAGGGAUCCGAGGGAAAACAGGGUCCUCCAGGCAUCAAAGGCUACGUAGGAGCACCGGGUCUACAAGGAGAAAGAGGAGAAAAGGGUACACGAGGAGACAAGGGAGACAGAGGCCUGGAUGGAUUCCCUGGAAAGCCAGGUCUGGAGGGGAAACAGGGCCCUCCUGGCAGCCCUGGCCCUCCUGGUGCUAGUGGAACCAAAGGAGACAAGGGUGAACCAGGACUUCCAGGAUUGCCUGGUACUAAAGUGCAUAUUGAAGGCCUAAAAGGAGAGGAAGGAAAGCCUGGGCCACGAGGACCACAAGGCCACCCUGGACUUCCUGGACCUCCAGGAGAGCCUGGUCUGGAAGGCAAGCCUGGAAUCCCUGGUUUGCCAGGUCAAAGGGGCAAAAAAGGAGAACCAGGAUUCCCAGGAAUCAAUGGUCUGAUUGGCCCUCAGGGACCUCCAGGGCCCCCAGGCACUGCUGGACCCCCGGGACCACCUGGGCCACCGGGACUGCCAGGAGAGAUUGGAGUUUCUGGUAAAACUGGACCACCUGGACCACCUGGGCUGCCUGGCAAAGAUGGACUCAAUGGGCUUCCUGGGCUUCCGGGUCAAAAGGGAGAACGAGGGGAAAAGGGUGAGGAAGGCUUUCCUGGAAAAGCUGGCUCUAAGGGUGAACCAGGGAGCCGUGGCCAACCUGGUGAGCAGGGUGAAGCAGGUUUUCCUGGUCCUAGGGGCUUACCUGGACUGAAAGGAGAAAAAGGAGACCGGGGAGAAAAAGGAAGAGAUGGUCUCCCAGCAAUGAAAGGUGAAAGAGGAGAAAAAGGUGACACAGGUUCCCCUGGACCCCCAGGCUUACCUGGAACACCAGCCUUCUUCACCCCACAUCCCAGGAUUCCUGGUGAACCUGGACCAAAAGGGGACAAAGGAGAUCGAGGAAUGACUGGAGAAACUGGAUUGCCUGGGGUCCCAGGUGAGCAAGGUGUGCCAGGACCUGCAGGAGUACAGGGUGCAAAGGGGGAGAAAGGAGCCCGAGGAGAGGCUGGAGCCCCUGGAGAGACUGGUUUGAGUGGACCAGCAGGGCCCCCAGGUCCAAGAGGCUUGCCAGGAAAUGUGGGUGUGCCUGGAGGCCCUGGACUCCCAGGAAAGGCAGGAGAAAAAGGGGAAAAGGGUGAUCCUGGAAAAGAAGGAAAAGUGGGUUUACCUGGGCCACCUGGUGGUCCAGGGCGUCCUGGAGAGCCAGGUUUGCCUGGGAAGGGUAAAGAUGGAGAAAAGGGGGAAAGAGGACCACCAGGCUUGCCAGGACCCUUUGGACAUAAGGGUGAGAGGGGAGCUCCUGGCCUCCCUGGACAGCCAGGAGACAGAGGAGUGCCAGGAAUUGGCCUGGCUGGACCCCCUGGCCCUGCAGGACCCCCAGGAGACAAAGGGUCACUGGGUCCCCGUGGUGUGCCUGGGAUUCCUGGACCUCAGGGACCUCCUGGCCACGAUGGUGUACCUGGAAAUCCAGGGGAAAGAGGACCUCCUGGAAAACCUGGUUCGCCACCCAUGCUUACUCCAGAGGACAUAAAUCUCCUGGUAAAGGAUGUGUGCAGUGAGUGCCCUCCUGGGCCUCCAGGACUGCCAGGCAUCCCAGGUUUCAAAGGGGAUAAAGGUCUCCGAGGACCACCAGGGAGAGAUGGCCAGGAUGGGAAAACGGGGAUUGCUGGUCCCAGAGGUCCUCCAGGCCCACCUGGGCUCGAUGGCCCAAAGGGUGCUAAAGGAGACCGUGGCAUGACUGGGGAAGUAGGAGAAAAAGGUGAACAGGGCCACCCUGGAAUGCCUGGCUUCUCAGGGGCUCCUGGAAACCCGGGUCCACCUGGAUCAGAUGGGGCACCAGGACCAAUAGGACCAGCAGGAAACCCAGGAGACAUGGGCAAAGAUGGUCCCCCAGGUCCACAGGGCCCACCAGGGCUGCCUGGACUUCCAGGCAUUGCUGGGAAUGAUGGCAAAGAUGGCAAACCAGGAUCUCUGGGGGAGCCGGGAAAGCCUGGAGAACAAGGGCUCCCAGGCCGGGAGGGUGCCAGAGGAUUGCCGGGUUUCAAAGGACAGAGAGGAGAUACAGGUCCCCCAGGUCCCCGGGGGGAGCCAGGUGUGACGGGUCCUGCUGGUCGUGAGGGGCCACCAGGGAAAGAUGGUGAUCCUGGUCCCAUAGGACCACAGGGCCCUCGAGGGCUCCGAGGGCAGCCGGGCAAAAAUGGAGUGCCUGGAUCUGCAGGAGAACCUGGCCCAGCUGGUAUCCCAGGUCCCAAAGGAAAUAAAGGAGAAACAGGCAGCCCAGGACUCCCUGGCUUUAUAGGACCCCGAGGACCACCUGGAGAACCAGGAGAGAAAGGUCCUCCUGGAAAAGAGGGCACACCAGGGAAACAGGGUGCAAUUGGCUCCAAAGGAGAGAGGGGAGAGCCUGGCAUCAAAGGUGAAAAAGGCCUUCGAGGAGAAAAGGGUCCUCCAGGUGAUCCUGGGAUACCUGGUCACAAAGGCCAUCCAGGACUGAUGGGUCCCCACGGACCUCCAGGAGACACUGGGCAAGUUGGUCCUCCUGGUCCUCCGGGGCAGCCAGGAUUUCCAGGACCAAGGGGAGAGCCCCCAUCUCUAGAGACUUUAAGGAGACUUAUCCAAGAGGAGUUAUCCAAACAGCUAGAUGCAAAGUUACCCUACAUCCUGGCUCAGAUACAGCCUGCACAGGUAAAAGCAUCCCAUGGCAGACCAGGACCUCCUGGUCCCCCUGGGAAGGAAGGACUCCCAGGAAGAACUGGCCCUCCAGGAGAGCCUGGUCAGCCUGGACAGACUGGGUCUGAAGGGCCACCUGGACCAAUUGGUCCCAAAGGAGAAAGAGGAGCAAAGGGUGAAAAAGGAGACACUGGCAUUGGCCAGCGAGGGGAAAUGGGUCCCCCAGGAAUUCCAGGCCUCCCAGGGGAGCCUGGUUAUGCCAAAGAUGGGAUGCCAGGGCCUCCUGGCCCUCAAGGUGAAGCUGGUGUGCCGGGCCUGGCAGGUCCCCAGGGGCCCCCGGGAGCCAAUGGACAGUGUGACCCCUCUCAGUGCGCUUACUAUGCAAGCCUGGCUGCCCGGCCCUCCAAUGUCAAAGGGCCAUAGAGUGCAGAGAGCACCCCCAGACUUGUUUUGAAAACUUGAAUUCCUCACACCUGCCAAGAGCUCUCCAGUGUCUUCAGCUGCGUUUCUUUCGCAGGAGGCCUUCUAAAGCCAACAAAUGCUGCCGGUCGGUCAGAUUAUUUUUAUGAAUUAUAAUAAUAAUUAUUAUUAUUAUCUUUGAUGUGAUAUGUGAACUUAUUUUUUUGUUUGUUUUCUUUAACAUCAGGGCAUAUUAAAAUGCUAAAAAUAAGUGGGGUUUUUCCUCUUUUGAAAAGCAUAUAAUAGCAAUGUGUUGUGUGACUGUUUAUACAAAACCAUUCCAAUGCCAAAUUUUUUAUCUGUUAUCUGAUUAAUUUUUUCCAAAGCUUUAUCCCUCACCCUUUCAGCUCAAAUCAAAUCCUUCAGCCUGGAGCAUUAACUGUGACACACAGGCACAGGAUUGUUGGUGCUAUUUGCCAUCUGCAUGGCAGGGAGGAAGAUAAAGUCAUACCAAAGCUGGAAAAGGUGUCUCCAGUGCAUCCAACUCCCAGUGGACAAUUUUGAACAGCUAGUGUGUGCUUUCCAGAAGAUCCCUGUUAAAUUUAAUAUUCUUCUGCUGAUAAAUGAAUCAAUAUUCUAUAGGAGCUACUUUUUCAUGGAGUCAUGUGGGAUUUCAUUGUAAAGGCCUGAAAGGAUGCACAGAAGAUCUCAACCUCUCUGUACUGGAGAGUUUUUUUCCAAGAAGUGGAGCUUACUUACCUCUGUCAGGGAGAUGCAUUUGCAAGGUUAUCCUCUGUCAGGUUAAGGAUGCCAAAUCCCCUGUGCAAUGUCAGCACAUGCACAGCUCCCUACCACUGCUUCACCCAAAAAUCAGCCAGAGCAGCAUAGAAAGCCCCCUGGUGUUAAAAACUCAGGAAGCCAACUGUGACCCAAUUAACUGUUUUGGUUGAUCCAUUAUGACCAUAACUUGGCAAGUGGUGUUACUUAGAGGGCUGGUGCAUAGUGCAGCCUGGUCUAGGAGGAUGUUCAUCUUUGAUGAAAGGAUCAGAAGAAAUGUUCAUAAACAUGGGGGAAAUUGUGUUUGAUGGUGACAGCAACAAGCCAGACAGUGGCCAUUUCUCCCUAUCAGCUAAUUGCCAAAAUCAACCUGAGAAUGCAAAGACAAAGUAAAAAGGGUAUGGAGUCUUAAAAGACCUUCACAAUAGGUCAUUAGUGAGCUUAACCCUCUGACCAAGCCAUGCCCACCCACCAAGUGCAGAUCUGAGAAGUGAUCAGGCCUCAGAUACGUGCCAGCCAGCAAAGCAGCUCUGUUUUCAAACCUCUUCUGCACAAAGCAGUUUGUAGUGAGAGAUGGGAGUAAUGGACCUGACACAGGCACUAAGUGCUGAAUGUGUUUGGGAAUCCGGUCUGCUCUUCUGGAGACAGAAAACAGGCACCCUGCCCUGCUAGCACAUUCUCCAUAUGGCAUGGUGCUUCCAAACUGGGCAGCCCAAGCAGAAGCCACAGCUGUUGAUAACCAGCCCAGAAUCAUACCCUGAGGCUAAAGCGCUGAGAUAAGCUUUUGCCAGUCUUGGAGUAUUUUCUCACCCAGUAGCAGAUAAAAUUUGCCUCUGCUUUACUGAAAAAUGAAAUUAAAUAACAAGUACAAAUGCCAGGGUUAAACAAAGUCUUUACUGUGUAGCUCAUAAUGGUGCUAUUUUUGCUAUUUCCUAUGCAAAUAAACUCUUUGAUUUGA